AUGGAGUUGGAGGACCAAUGGUGGAAGGGACAGCUGGCAAAGGACAUAUACCAAGCCCUGCGCUGCAAGGAGGUGAAGCUGCCGUCGUUCAAAGGCCAGUCCCCUCAGCUCAGUCUGCGGCGGUACUUUGCGGACCUCAUCGCCAUCGUCAGUAACCGCUUCAGGCUUUGUCCCGCGGCUCGCCACCUCGCCGUGUACCUCCUGGACCUGUUCAUGGACCGAUAUGAUGUCACCGUGCAGCAGCUCCACGUGGUCGCGCUCUCCUGCCUGCUCCUCGCCAGUAAGUUCGAGGAGCGCGAGGACAAGGUGCCGAAGCUGGAGUCGCUGAACUCUCUGGGCUGCAUGACGUCCAUGAACCUGGCUCUGAACAAACAGAGCCUGCUGCACAUGGAGCUGCUGCUGCUGGAGACCUUCCAGUGGAACCUGUACCUGCCCACCGCCGCCCACUUCAUCGACUACUACCUCUCCGUGUCCGUGCACCAGGCCGACCUGCACGACGGCUGGCCCAUGACCUGCCUGGACAAGACCUGCCUCUACAUGGCCAAGUACGCAGAGUACUUCCUGGAGGUUUCCCUGCAAGACCACAUGUUCCUGUGUUUCGUGCCGUCUCUGGUCGCCGCUGCUUGUGUUGCCGCCUCUCGCCUCGUCCUGCACCUCUCGCCCACGUGGCCCCAGCGUCUGCAGCUUCACACCGAGUACUCCUGGGACAACCUGGUCACCUGCGUCGAGAAACUGCUCAUUGUGCUCCGAGUGUUCCGAGUGUGCGCGUGUUCCGAGUGUGCUCCGAGUGUGCAGAGUGUGCGCGUGUUCCGAGUGUUCCGAGUGUGCGCGUGUUCCGAGUGUGCGCGUGUGCCGAGUGUGCAGAGUGUUCCGAGUGUGCGCGUGUUCCGAGUGUGCGCGUGUUCCGAGUGUGCGCGUGUUCCGAGUGUGCGCGUGUUCCGAGUGUGCGCGUGUUCCGAGUGUGCGCGUGUUCCGAGUGUGCGCGUGUUCCGAGUGUGCUCCGAGUGUGCGCGUGUUCCGAGUGUGCUCCGAGUGUGCGCGUGUUCCGAGUGUGCUCCGAGUGUGCGCGUGUUCCGAGUGUGCUCCGAGUGUGCAGAGUGUGCGCGUGUUCCGAGUGUGCGCGUGUUCCGAGUGUUCCGAGUGUGCGCGUGUUCCGAGUGUUCCGAGUGUGCGCGUGUUCCGAGUGUGCGCGUGUUCCGAGUGUGCGCGUGUUCCGAGUGUGCGCGUGUUCGGUGUUCGAGUGUGCGCGUGUUCCGAGUGUUCAGAGUGUGCGCGUGUUCCGAGUGUUCAGAGUGUGCGCGUGUUCCGAGUGUGCAGAGUGUGCGCGUGUUCCGAGUUGUGCGCGUGUUCCGAGUGUGCGCGUUUUCCGAGUGUUCCGAGUGUGCGCGUUUUCCGAGUGUUCCGAGUGUGCGCGUGUUCCGAGUGUGCGCGUGUUCCGAGUGUGAGCGUGUUCUGAGUGUGAGCGUGUUCCGAGUGUGCGCGUUUUCCGAAGCCCACGACAGCGAUGUGAAAGAGGCCAACCAGCCGAAGCCCCCGACCCCGGCCCCUCCUCCCACGCAGCAGCAGCAGCAGCAGCAGCAGCAGCAGACUUUCCUCAGCUCGGGUCAGACCUACCUCCACCACCCCUCGCUCCAGUACACCCAGACCGUCUCGCAGCCCAGCCUGGUCUCCUCGCUCCUCCCUGGGACCGCCUACGUCAGCCUGCCGGCCUCCUCCAGCUCCUCGGGGCCUCAGCACUCCAGCACUCAGGCCCUGGGAGCUGCCAUCGACCCCAAGACCAGUCGGGCGUACCAAGUCAGCAUGCACUACCCCUGUCCCGCCCCCUGCUUCGACCGAUGA